UGGUUUGUAGGUAUAAACUCCGGUAUAAGCGAGUUCGAAGACUUGGCUCGGGUCGACAUUGACUGCCAGGACCUAGUCGGCAAAACAAGUUCGAUAUAAAUAUUCCGAGAGGAAACAGUGAAGUGCAUAACAAAAGGGAUUUUAUAAAAUGGCGAAACUGACACAUUUAGCUUCAUUUGUUUUAAUAUUAUCAUACUGGGAUACAAAUGUACUAGGAGCUGAGGAAAAUAAAGAAUCCUCUGAUGCAAAAGCAAAAACGAUCGAGUACGAAAAUGACAAUAGUGGACUAGGAGAAUAUAAAUUCAAUUUCCGAACGUCAAAUGAUAUCGAGCGCUCGGAAGAAGCCAAACUGCAAGACGACGGCACUUUUGUUGUGGAAGGGUUCUAUUCGUUCACAGCAACCGAUGGAAAGAAGUACUAUGUUGCGUACGUAGCUGAUAAAACUGGCUACCACCCGACUGUUAUUGAUGUACCUGAGGUGACGAGGAUUGAGGAAGAGAUAUCACCACCCGUUCCUGGUGUUCCUCAAAGCAUCACUAGUCAUGCUAUCGCGACACUUCUGGGAUAACAGCUUGGAAAUCAUCGGAUAUCGUUGUGAUUUCGGCUCUUCCUCCAAACGUGGUGGCUUCGCUCCUAGGCGGAUAAACAAUUUACUAACAUUAAAAAGUAAAAUAAAGCUUUUGUUAAUACAAA